AGCACUCGUCCGGAAGUGCAGGGUUCCCGCGUCCGCCGGUUUCCUUCCGGGAGACUCCAACGAGGGGGAAGGGGGGAGCGCGAAGGGGCCUGCAGUGCAUUCUGGGGAAGUCUCAGCGCUCUCGUCUUUGUUUCCGGCUCUAGAGCAGCGUUUGGUUUCCCAAAAGCUCCUCCAAGGCGCGGUUCCCGGGUUCCCGGGUUCCCGGCUCCCCACAGAGGCGCACGUACUUCCUCCCUCGGUUUUCGGCUGGCGCUGGUGUCCUGCCAACGCCGCCAGCAUGUCUGGGGUGCGCGCUGUGCGGAUCAGCAUUGAGUCUGCCUGCGAGAAACAGGUCCAGGAGGUGGGCCUGGAUGGCACUGAGACGUACCUGCAGCCUCUGUCCAUGUCCCAGAAUCUGGCGCGUCUGGCCCAGCGGAUCGACUUCAGCCAGGGUUCAGGCUCCGAGGAGGAGGAGGCGGCGGGGGCAGAUGGCGACGCGCAGGACUGGGCGGGCGCCGGGUCCAGCGCGGAUCAGGACGACGAGGAAGGGUUGGUGAAAUUUCAACCUUCCCUUUGGCCUUGGGAUUCAGUGAGGAACAAUUUGAGAAGUGCCCUGACAGAGAUGUGUGUUCUCUAUGAUGUUCUCAGUAUUGUUAGGGAUAAAAAAUUUAUGACUCUUGAUCCUGUCUCUCAGGAUGCACUUCCUCCAAAACAGAGUCCUCAGACGUUGCAGUUGAUAUCCAAAAAGAAGUCACUUGCGGGAGCAGCACAAAUCCUACUGAAGGGGGCAGAAAGACUGACUAAAUCAGUCACUGAAAACCAAGAAAAUAAGCUACAAAGAGACUUCAACUCUGAGCUUUUGAGACUGAGGCAACACUGGAAACUUAGAAAAGUUGGAGAUAAAAUUCUUGGAGAUCUGAGCUACAGAAGUGCAGGAUCUCUGUUUCCCCAUCAUGGUACAUUUGAAGUAAUAAAGAAUACAGAUAUUGAUCUGGACAAGAAAAUACCUGAUGAUUACUGUCCCCUUGAUGUCCAGAUUCCUAGUGAUUUAGAGGGCUCUGCAUAUAUCAAGGUUUCAAUUCAAAAACAGUCUCCAGACAUAGGUGAUCUUGGCACAGUUAAACUCUUCAAACGACCUUUGCCUAAAUCCAAACCAGGUUCCCCACAUUGGCAGACGAAAUUAGAAGCAGCACAAAAUGUUCUCUUAUGUAAAGAAAUUUUUGCACAGCUCUCUCGGGAAGCUGUUCAAAUUAAAUCACAGAUCCCUCACAUUGUGGUGAAAAACCAGAUUAUCUCUCAGCCCUUUCCAAGCUUGCAGUUAUCUAUUUCUUUGUGCCAUUCUUCAAAUGAUAAGAAAUCCCAAAAAUCUGCUACCGAGAAGCAAAGUCCAGAGGACCAUCUUUAUGUCCUAGAGCAUAAUUUGCAUCUACUGAUUAGAGAGUUUCAUAAACAGACCUUGAGUUCCAUCAUGAUGCCGCAUCCAGCAAGUGCACCUUUCGGCCACAAGAGAAUGAGACUUGCGGGUCCUCAAGCUUUUGAUAAAAAUGAAAUUAAUUCAAUACAGUCAAGUGAAGGGCUUCUGGAAAAAAUAAUCAAACAAGCAAAGCAUAUAUUUCUGAGGAGUAGAACUGCUGCAACCAUUGACAGCUUAGCAAGUCGCAUUGAAGAUCCUCAGAUACAGGCUCACUGGUCAAAUAUUAAUGAUGUUUAUGAAUCUAGUGUGAAAGUCUUAAUCACAUCACAAGGCUAUGAACAAAUAUGCAAGUCCAUUCAGCUGCAGUUGAAUAUUGGAGUUGAGCAGAUCCGAGUCGUACACAGAGAUGGAAGAGUCAUCACUCUGUCUCAUCAGGAGCAGGAGUUGCAGGACUUCCUUCUGUCUCAGAUGUCACAGCAUCAGGUGCAUGCAGUUCAGCAGCUAGCCAAGGUUAUGGGCUGGCAGGUCCUGAGCUUCAGUAAUCACGUGGGCCUUGGGCCCAUAGAGAGCAUUGGCAAUGCCUCUGCCAUAACAGUGGCCUCCCCGAAUGGUGACUAUGCUAUUUCAGUUCGUAAUGGCCCUGAAAGUGGCAGCAAGAUUAUGGUUCAGUUUCCCCGUAACCAGUGUAAAGACCUGCCAAAAAGUGAUGUUUUACAAGAUAGCAAAUGGAAUCAUCUUCGUGGACCGUUCAAAGAAGUUCAGUGGAAUAAAAUGGAAGGCCGGAACUUUGUUUACAAAAUGGAGCUGCUUAUGUCUGCACUAAGCCCUUGUCUACUAUGAUUUUCUUCCAGACCAGUUUCCUGAUAUUUUUUUCCAGAGAAGUUUCCAGAAACUUUAAGAAGUGUUUGCAGAUCAACUAUAAGCACAAGGAAGAAGAAUCUUCCAAAGGAGUAUUGUUUUUAAAAAGUCAUAAUUAGCAAAUGUUUACCUAGCAUUUUGAAAACUUUCACUUUAUAAGUGACAAGUGCUUUGAAAUGCAAAAGUUUAUUUACAGUUAUAGGGUAUACAAGUAUGGAUAGAUGUAAAUACUUUUUUUUUUAAUGCAGUUAACUUGAACUGUUACUAACUUAUGGAUUUGAAUUUGCUUUUUAAAAUAUUCCUUUGAUGUUGACAUCAAAUAAAGCAUAUGGUU